AUGGCCGCUCAAAGGAAUCGCCCCGACCGCCGCCAGCUGGUUCUGCUCUGUCUUUUCUUCGGGAUGCUGUCGGAUGCCGGAGCCCGGCAGAUACGCUACUCUGUUCCUGAGGAGUUAGACAAAGGCUCUUUCGUGGGCAACAUCUCCAAGGACCUGGAGCUGGAGCCCCGGGAGCUGGCGGAGCGCGGAGUCCGCAUCGUCUCCAGAGGUAGGACGCAGCUUUUCACUCUGGACCCGCGAAGCGGCAGCUUGAUCACGGCGGGCAGGAUAGACCGGGAGGAGCUCUGCGCCCAAAGCGCGCGGUGUCUGGUGAAUUUUAAUAUCCUUGUUGAAGACAGAGUGAAGCUUUUCGGGAUAGAAAUAGAAGUAACUGACAUUAACGAUAAUGCCCCCAAAUUCCAAGCAGAAAAUCUAGAUGUAAAAAUUAAUGAAAACGUCCCUCCCGGAAUGCGUUUUCCACUUCCGGAAGCUGUAGAUCCGGAUGUGGGCGUGAACUCCCUACAAAGCUACCAGCUCAGCCCUAGUAAACACUUCUCCCUGCGGGUUCAGAGCCGAGCCAAUGGCAUCAAGUAUCCGGAGCUGGUGCUGGAGCGCGCCCUGGAUCGCGAGGAAGAGGCGGUGCACCAUCUGGUCCUCACCGCCUCGGAUGGAGGGGACCCUCUCCGAUCUGGCACUGCCCUGGUCACUGUGACUGUCUUCGAUACAAAUGACAACGCGCCGGUCUUCACCCUGCCUGAAUACCGAGUGAGUGUUCCCGAGAACCUGCCUGUGGGCACAUGGCUGCUGACGGUCACCGCCACUGAUAGGGAUGAAGGAGCCAAUGGGGAAGUGACAUACUUAUUCCGAAAUUUACCUGACACAGAUUUGUUGAAAUUCCAGCUGAAUAAGCAUACUGGGGAAAUCAAAAUAUCAGAAAAUCUAGAUUAUGAAGAAACAGAUGUCUACGAAAUAGAAGUACAAGCGGAAGAUGGAGGGGCAUAUCUUGCAACUGCAAAAGUUCUGAUAACAGUCGAAGAUGUAAAUGACAACAGUCCAGAGGUGACCAUCACAUCCCUGUUUAGUCCAGUGAGUGAAGAUUCUCCUCUCGGAACUGUUAUAGCCCUUUUAAAUGUGCACGAUUUAGACUCUGGACAGAACGGGCAGGUCACCUGCUCUAUUUCUGGGAAUCAGCCAUUUAAAUUAGAGAAGUCCAUUGACAAUUAUUAUAGAUUGGUGACUCACAGGGCCCUCGACAGGGAACAGGUAUCCUCUUAUAAUAUCACUGUAACAGCCACAGAUGGGGGAAAUCCACCCUUAUCAACAGAAACUCACCUCACCCUGCACGUGGCAGAUGUCAAUGACAACCCACCCACCUUCUCUUAUGUCUCCUACUCCACCUAUAUUCCAGAAAACAACCCCAGAGGCGCCUCCAUCUUCUCGGUUACUGCUUACGAUCCCGACAGCGAAAAGAACGCCCAGGUCACUUACUCGCUGGCUGAAGACGCCAUCCAGGGGGCGCCCUUGUCCUCCUACGUCUCCAUCAAUUCCGACACUGGCGUCCUGUAUGCUCUGCGCUCCUUCGACUAUGAGCAGUUUCGAGAAUUGCACAUGCAGGUGACAGCAUGUGACAGCGGGAACCCGCCGCUCACCAGCAACAUGUCAUUGAGCCUUUUCGUGCUUGACCAGAAUGAUAACGCACCUGAGAUCUUAUACCCCGCUCUCCCCACAGAUGGCUCCACUGGUGUGGAGUUGGCACCCCGAUCUGCAGAGCCCGGCUACCUGGUGACCAAAGUGGUGGCUGUUGAUCACGACUCAGGACAGAAUGCCUGGCUGUCCUACCGCCUGCUAAAGGCCAGUGAGCCAGGGCUCUUUGCUGUGGGAGUGCACACAGGCGAGGUGCGCACCGCGAGGGCCCUGCAAGACAGAGAUGCGCUCAAGCAGAGCCUCGUGGUGGCAGUCGAGGACCAUGGCCAGCCCCCUCUCUCAGCCACCGUCACACUCACCGUGGCUGUGGCAGACAACAUCCCUGACGUCCUGGCUGAUCUGGGUAGCCUCGAGCCCCCUGCAGACCCUGAUGCCUCGAGCCUCACGCUGUACCUUGUGAUAGCCGUGGCAACUGUCUCCUGUGUUUUCCUCGCCUUUGUCAUCAUACUGUUGAUGCUCAGGCUGCGGCACUGGCACACGAAGCGUCUGCUCCAGGCUUCCGGCAGCAUGAUGCCCAGCCUGCCCGCCUCGAAUUUUGUGGGUGUGGACGGCGUGCGGGCCUUCCUGCAGACCUAUUCCCACGAGGUCUCCCUCACUGCAGACUCCGGGAAGAGCCACAUCAUCUUCCCCCAGCCUAACUAUGCAGACACGCUCAUCAGCCAGGAGAGCUGUGAGAAAAAAGACCCUUUGUCUCUGUUAGAUGACUCAAGGUGUCCUAUAGAAGAUACCCCUUUGGUUCCAGUGAGUUCUAUUUUUAUUCAUUUUCUUUCAUUUUAA